CGCUCCACGAACAGCAGUUUUGUUCUUCGAGGAGUGUUCUUUUCACCUGUUUUCCUGGAGAACUAUUUCAAUCUGCAAAGAUGGCAAAUAUGUAAAGGAUUUACUGGUAUAUUUAAUCACCGUUUGCCGAAAUGAUCCAAUCGCACAUAUGGGUGGUGAUUGUAGCAACAUCGUUGGCAGUUUUAACGCCCAAAAUUGGAAUCACAUCUGCAAACACCUGCAUCACGUUGCCCUCUGCGACCAAUCUGAACCUGACGUUCCAGACCCGCCGGGACACCAGCGGGCCCGGCCUCGGCGGCAGCGGGGACAAGUGGACGCUGGACGCCGUGGGAUCCUGGCAGAGACCAGCAGGGAUUUUCACCGGUUAUGGAGCAAAGCUGUCGACGGUGCCGAGUAGUAAUCACCCCGAACUGAAUCCGUGUGCAAUAGAUUCGACGUUGUACACCUUGACGACGAACGAAUCAAUCACAUUUCCAGAUGUAGAUUUCGGAUAUGCAUAUGAACUGAGGGUUCGAACGUAUGACGAUAGCAACAACAUCAUGCAACGACCUCAAUCGGGCAGUCACAUUGAACCGAUUAACUCCCCGGAUUGUUACGAAGAGACAAAAAGCGCCGCCUUCUGCAGCGGACGAGCUGUCCAGACUACAGGCAAACCAGUGGAUCUUCGUAUAGACCGCACAAUACGGCAAAUUAACGGUGUUAUAGAGGUUAAUGCGUCGUGGGUGAGACCAGUACAAUCUAACGGAGCAAUCAAGAUGUACGUAGUUAGCUACAAACAACCCAACAAGCCCAUCACCACUAGCAACGGACACAAAGAUUACAUUCCAGCUGCUCAGGAGGAUGGUGAAUGGAACCUAACGGUGCGGUAUGAGAUCACCAUGGACCUGCCCGAAUCAACAGAUGACCUUUACGAAUUAACGGUAACACCUGUGACCGAUGAUACUACCAGCCUCUAUCAAGCUCGGAUACUAUUUGAAACAGCAGGCGCGGAGGAACCGAGUCCAGCAGAAACACGAAUCGAAUCUGCUUUGGAUUCCUGGAUACCUGAGGCCGAUCCCACGCCGCCACCCAGGCGAGCUCCAGACGGCAGGGGGUUGCCGUCCAAUGAUGAUGUGACCAAGGGCGCCACCACGAGUCCGUCGAGUGGCCUAGACAAAUCAACCACGCCCACGAGUGAGGGAGACAUCCCUCCCACCCCAGGCAAACCUGCCAGCAGUUCCAUCUUGGUGACGGCAUCGGUGGCUGUCGGUGCUGCCUUGGCCUUUCUCCUGUCCAUGGUAUGUGUGGCUUGCAUCUGCCUCCGGCGCAAGAAGAAGGAAGAUGAGUUGAAGAAGGCGGUGUUCAUCCGGACUAGGGAGGAGGAGAUCAGCAUGUAUCACCACAAGGGUAGUCUGGAGAAGAAUGAGACUGACUACAAAGAGUGUCUGCCUGAGUUUGAGGUCAAGGAACUAGACCGGACUCUGCUCAAGUUGGAGAAGGAGCUAGGAAGCGGCCAGUUCGGCGUGGUCUACAAGGGCUUCGCGUUUGGUGCCUACAAUAAGGAGGAGUAUUCACCAGUUGCCGUCAAGAGUCUCAAGUGUAAUGCGAGUUUGGCCAUGAAGGAAGACUUCUUGGAUGAGAUCAAGCUAAUCAUUGAGAUCGGGACGCAUCCUAACAUACUCUCCGUGCUUGGCUGCUGCACGGUGGAUGAGCCAUACUACCUCAUCACUGAGUUCAUGAAAUAUGGCGACUUGCUUCACUUCUUGUGGAAGUGUCGGGAGGAGAAUCGGCCGGAUGAUGACGUGAUUUACUUGCUGUCAGAGACCAACAAGAUACAGAUUGCUCGACAAAUCACGCGAGGCAUGGAAUAUCUGUCCAACACCCGUUACUACCACGGCGACCUGGCAGCUCGCAACGUCCUGGUGGGCGAGGACCUAGUGAUCAAGAUCUCAGAUUUUGGCCUAGCUGACGACAUCUACCAGAACGGUUACAAGCGCUUGGCCCCUCAGAGGAAACGCCCCGUCAAGUGGGUCAGCCUGGAGACCAAUAUGGAAGGCAAAUGCACCAUACAAAGUGACGUCUGGUCCUUUGGCAUCGUCUUGUAUGAGAUCUAUACGCUGGGAAGCAUGCCAUACCCUGGAGUGGAUGGACGCGAGGUCAUCCGACGUCUGCAGACCGGCUACCGCAUGGACAAACCAAACUCCUGCCCCGAAGACAUUUAUGACAUCAUGAGACAAUGCUGGCGAGAGAAACCCUGUGACCGACCGACCUUCACCAACCUCUUCAACACCUUCGACAAGAUGCUGGUGGCCCAGUGUGACUACAUGCCGCUUGAGGGCGCCGUGUACGACCACUGCAUCCCAACAACUGGUGGCAGCGGUGGGAUAAAGGCACGGAGCGAGAAGGGGGAGGCUAGCGGCGCCAUGGCAACAGGGUCAAAGCUCACACUGAACGAGGAGGAAAUGGCGAAGAGUGACCCUGAGCAGAGUGACACUGCUAGGCUCUUUCAAAAAGAUGAAAUUGAAGAUUAGGGCACGAGUACAGAAGCACUGAACGAUUACCAAAGUCAAGUAUUAAUGUUAUUAAUCUUCAUUAUUAUUGUUGUAGGAAUUAUGAUAACCAAAUUCAAUUCAAGGAGCCGGUACUUCAUUGUGUGAAGAAAUUAUUCACUUUGGCCAGGUAUAGUGUCUGUUUGUAUAUAGAUUUGUAAUUUUGGUGUGUAUUAAAGUUAUCGGUGUUGUUGCAAGAUGAUCGCAUAAGGCAGUAGUUGCGGAUUUUUCUGUAUUUUGGUGAUAAAUAUAAAAUAUUCCACUUAAGGUAUUUGUGCUAAUAAAUAAUAUGUGGCACCUAUGUAAAUGUGUAUAUUAUGUAUCAUAAUGAGUAUUUCACUUAUCUGAAGAUCAAAUAGAGUGUCACUUUGUAAGUUAUAUUUUCACUGAACUCAGUGAAAAACAGUGUUUUCAGUUUUCAGUGUUUGUGCAGCGAAGAAUUCGAUGUAACGCAGAGUGACGAGGCUGGGCUUCCAUGAUAUUCGAUAAGCAUGAUAUCAAAAGCACCAGUUUGUCGAACUUUGUAUUGACCGUAAUAUAAAUAGUUUUAACAUUGUGAUACUUUCGUAAAGUUGUAACUCUCCGUGUCAGUUUGUAAAUUCACGAAGUGAUGAGGUCUACGGACCAAAACAUAUAAAGUACAAUCCCCAAACAGAUGUGCAAGAUUAGCGUGUAUAUCCAUAGAAAAUCAAAUACACCAACCGAUUCCGCAAGCUCGGUGAUCGAGUGGUAAUACACGAGAGGUCCUGGGUUCGAAUCCCAUCCAAGUGAUUUUUUUCAACUUUCACUCGGGAGGUAGCACACUGUAUAUACAGUGUUUAUACGUCGGUGAAGGGCAAAACACCUAAUAUUAAUUUAUAUCAUCCCGACGCAAAUUCAUCUACUGAAUAGUUAAUACACGAUAUAACAUCACGAUAGUUCAAAAGCCUGAUCUGGUGUUAUCCAAAUAUUUGUCUAAACCAUUCGUGUUAUAAUGACAUAUACAUAUACUUGUUUAUAUACAUCUACUAGCAAAAAAAACCGCAACUUUAUUGUAAAUCAUUCUCAAGUGUAAUUUAAUUCAAGAUUACAGGACACCCUGUUUAUCGUUUUCAACAACAUGACUUCUUUGGGGGACACUGAUGCGUGUUAACAUGGAUCAAUUGGUUUUGUGAGGUUUAAGGCGGUAUUGUACACAACCAAAUUAUCUCGACAGCAACUUUUAACU